UAGAGAGAUAUACAAUCUCAAUUUCUCUUCCUUUGAGCCUUAUUAAAAUUUUUCAUGGUAUCAAAGUAGUACGAUCACUGCAUCUGAAUCCUUUGUUCUACAAUAUCUGCAUUUUUUUUAAUUCUACAACUAUGGCAAAGAACAAGACUUCACUCACCAUUCAAAGCUUCCAUCAAAUGGCAAGCUUAGUGUCUGUCAAAUUAUCUAAUACAAAUUUUCUGUUGUGGAAGUCACAGGUUUAUCCUCUCAUAAGGAGUGCCCAGCUUCUUCAUCAUAUCCAAGGAGAUGCACCGCCAGAAACUAUCUCAAAGGACAAAGAAGAAACAGAAAAUCCAGAAUACAAUGUUUGGCUAAACAAUGAUGGCCUCCUUACAAGCUGGCUUCUCAAAACCAUGAAUGAAGACUCACUUAGCCUCAUCGUUGGAUCAAACUCAGCAUACGAGAUUUGGAAUCUAGCUGCCAUUAACAAGCCUCUUGAUGAUCUUGAUAAGGUGUUUCAUUUGUCUAGAGUGGUUAGGUCACGCUACCAACCAUAUAAUCUUACUGUACUCUCUAAAGCUCCAUAUCCAACCUUUAGACAGUACAUCUUAGGCCUCGAAAACACUGAACGAGAUCUAAAGGCAGAAGAGGAAGAAGAAAAGAAUUCAGCCCCAAACUAUGGACAAGUGUUUAUUGUUCAAAGAGGAAGAGGAGAACAAGGCAGAGGCAGAAGAAGCUUCAACUCUAGAGGAAGAGGCUUCAUACAAGCAAGCAAUUACAACAACCACUGGUCUGGAAACAAUAGACCAGUUGUCACAAAUAACAACCCUCAGCCAUAUCAAGGAAACCUGCAAGAGAAGAACCAGCCUAAGACACAGAGUUCACAAAGUGAGAACACUUGCCAGAUCUGUGGAAUUCAUGGUCACGUUGCCAUAAAAUGCUGGUAUAGAUUUGACCAUGCAUAUCAAAGUGAAGACUUGCCUCAAGCCCUUGCUACAGUAUCCUUAUCAGAGGACAAAGAUUCGAGUUUCCAAGUUGACUUUGCAGCAAGUGACCAUAUAACCUCAAACCAAGGUAAUCUCUACUCAAAACUACCUUAUAACGGAAACAGGAAGGUAUACACAGGUGAUGGUACACCCCUUACUAUUUCUCACGUGGGAUCAGCUUCUGUUGGUCCUCCGCGUGUUUCUGCUUCUGCUUCUCCUUCCUCCCCCGACCCUCUGCACCCGACGAGCCCCCCCCGUUACCGCCGCCCAUUUCCGGCCGGAAAUCCGGCAAAGCUUGGGGAAUUCUCCCUAUUUUCUUGUUCUAGAACACCUAUUAAACCCACAAAAUCCCGGAUCUGCUCUGCUCUUCUACCCUGUCCGCCGACUGCUAUAGGUAGCCGUGAGCUUCCCCUGCAAUUCCCGCCGGUUUCUCCCCCAGCCAAGCUCGGUUUUUUGCAGCUGGAAAAUUGUGGAACCGAUUCAUCCUGCCAAUGGGAUAAUACAUUGGUAAUUACUGACGUUUGCCAGUGGGAGUUUGUAAACACUGGUACCAUUACUGACGCCUGCCAGUGGGAGUUUGUUAAACACAACACUGGUACUUCUGUAACCUUGCCAAUGGGGUUAAACAUUGGAAGUGGAACCGAGGACGAGGAAACCAAGGGGAGUGACGAGGAUCCAAAAACACAACAAAUUCUUGCCAAAGGAUCUAGGAAAGGGCAGCUUUAUGCAUUAGAUGAAGAAGCACAAUAUGCUCUCUCAGCACUAGCAACGAACAGGGAAGAAGACUCUAUUUGGCACCAACAAGGUGAACUUUGUAGCUAUCCAGACUCUGAUGAGUGGUUUCGAACGGGAAGUCUACAACCUUCAAAACAUAUCAGUAGCAUGGAAGAAUCCUGCCCUGCAAAAUCGAAGUUCGUAAAUCACAUGCCCAUUUGUGGUGAUUCGAGCCCUCCUGGUACGACAAAUGAGGUUCAAUCAGCUAGUUCUCAUGUGUUACCACUACCAAUAAAGGAGCCACCACAAGAUGAGCCAGAACAUGAGUCAAUAACUCCAGACCAUCUAACUGCAAAUCCAGUAAGAGAUGAAGGGAGUCAUGAUGACAUUUCCUCUCCUAUUAAUGCCUCAAUAGUAAUUGAACACCCUUCAUCAACCUCUCCAAGUGAAGAAAGUGGACCACAAGAUCAGCAUUCACCCACAUAUUUGGAGAAUUCAAGGGCAGCAGGGGUUUCUCCUCUAGCACACAACAUUACCUCCUUGUCAGUCCACCCUAUGCAGACUCGCUCAAAAACAGGGACACAUACUGGACAUGUUCAAACAAAAUUUUCAAAACAUGCAAAUACAAUGACAACUAAUAAUCCUUCUAUGAAUAUUGCAGGACUUGACAUUAAGGAGCCAAAAUCGAUUAAAACUGCUCUUAAAAUGCCUCACUGGUUUGCUGCAAUGCAAGAAGAAUUAGAUGCCUUGAAGAAAAACAAUACUUGGGAGCUGGUUCCGUGUCCCCCUGGAGCUAAUAUAGUUGGAUCAAAGUGGGUUUUCAAAACCAAGCUAAAUCAAGAUGGUUCCAUUGAGAGGUUCAAAGCACGUUUAGUGGCAAAAGGGUUCUUGCAAGUUCCUGGUCUGGAUUUUGAUGAGACUUUCAGUCCGGUACUUAAGCCCACAACACUUCGUCUUGUGAUUGCACUUGCUACAACUCAAUCAUGGCAUUUGCGUCAACUUGAUGUAAAGAAUGCCUUCCUCCAUGGCAUGCUCAAAGAAACUGUGUAUAUGAUGCAACCCCCUAGCUUUGUUGAUCCUCAAUAUCCUGACCAAGCUGAUUCCUCUCUUUUUGUCCUUCAAAAUUCACAAGCCAUUGCUAUUCUUCUCUUAUAUGUUGAUGAUAAUGUUCUCACGGCUAGCACAAAUGAACUACUCCAACAAAUUAUUUCAAAUCUCAACAAGGAAUUUGCACUCAAGGAUCUAGGGCCUCUUCAUUACUUCCUUAGUAUAGAGGUAACAAAAUUUUCUGGAGGGAUUAUCCUUUCUCAAAACAAGUAUGCACAUGAUUUACUAAAUCGAGCAUCAAUGAUGGAGGCAGCUCCAAUCUCUACACCAUUGGCUAUUAAAGACACUAUUACUUCAAGAGAUACUGAACUUGUUGAUGCUACAUCUUAUCGGAGCAUAUUAGGAGCCCUUCAAUAUUUGACUGUUACCAGCAUUGACAUUUGUCAUGCCGUCAAUCGAGUUUGUCAAUUUAUGCAAGCUCCCACUAUUUCUCACCUUCACCUGGUAAAAAGAAUUUUGCGAUAUGUCAAGGGCACUAGUCAAUAUGGUAUACGCUACCUAGAACAUAGCCCAUUGUCCUUGACUGGUUUUUGUGAUGCUGAUUGGGCUGGUUGUCCUUUCACACGUCACAGUACCACAGGGUUUUGCAUCUUCUUGGGUGCCAAUUGUGUCUCAUGGGGUUCAACAAAACAACUGACAGUGGCUUGAUCUACUGCAGAGGCAGAAUAUAGAGCACUAGCUUCCACCACCGCUGAACUUAUGUGGAUCACUUUCCUUCUUUGUGAUGUUGGCAUAUCUUUGCAUUCACCUCAAUUGUUUUCGGACAACAUUAGUGCUCUUCAUAUGUGAAUAAAUUUAUGAUUAAUGU